CACAACCGCCUCUCCUUUCCGAGUUGACCAACGGCCGUGUGUGCGACCUACCCUUCUUGCAACUCCUGAGCUUUUUCCGCGUUUUCAACGCUUUCCAAACUAUCGUCACUCAUUCUUCAGCGAGCUUCCGUACCCAUACCCAAUGCGUCGCCAUGGGGGCGGAUGAUGUUCCUUUCGAGACAAUCAGUCUCUGGCUUCCACUUCCUUACCGCGUCCUUCUCCUCCCUCUGAUCGGAGUGUGGCUUUUUGCUUUCAACCUUCACUAUUUCCAAAUCGUCAACAUAGAUGUUUCUCCCUUCCUUCGAUACACGCGUAGCUCCUCCGAGGCAUACCUCCACCACUCGGUCUACCAAAUCGCCCUCGUGCUCAGCGGGAUCUUCUGCGCGAAUCUUUUCUUUUUCUGGUCCGUGACGGGCGGGCGUCCCGAGGAUGUACGACGAUGGGAGAUCAUACCAAUGAUGCUGUUCCUACUCAUGCUCGGAGUGUUCCUGUGGCCGAUGGGUAGCUGGCACAAGCGCGGACGAUGGAGAUUCCUUCGAUCGUUCCGCCGCAUCCUCACCGGCGGCAUUGACUCGGACCUUCGCUUCGCCGACGUGCUCCUUGCGGAUGUGCUCACCUCCUACGCCAAAGUAAUCGGCGACGCCGCGAUGGUCGGCUGCAUGUUCAUCUCGGGCUACUCGUCGACGCACCCGAUCCCGAACCGGUCCUGCGGCGGCGCCUUCCUAGUGCCCUGCGUGAUCGCGAUCCCGUAUCUCUGCCGCCUGCGCCAAUGCAUAACGGAGUACCUCCGCGCUGCCGACAAAGGCCUGCCCGUAGCCGAGCGGCGCCCGCAUCUCUUCAACGCCGCCAAAUACGCCUCGGCCUUCCCAGUGAUCAUCAUGGGUGCUCUGCAGCGGAACUACCCCACGGACUCCGAGAUGCCGCUGAUCUCGCGCGCAGGCCUGACGCGCGGCUGGUACGCCGCCGUGCUAAUCAACACGCUCUUCGCCUUCUACUGGGACGUGACACGGGACUGGGAGCUUAGCCUUCUGACCUCGCGGCGCUCCAGCGCCGAAUACCCCUUCGGCCUGCGCAAGAACCGGCACUUUGUCGCCGUCGAGUUCUACUACGUCGCGGUCGGCCUCGACUUCCUGCUGCGCUUCGCCUGGAGCGUAAAGCUCUCGCCGCACCUCGACUUCCUCAACGAAAUGGAGGGCGGCAUCUUCAUGCUCGAGCUCCUCGAGGUCUUUCGGAGAUGGGUCUGGCUGUUCUUUAGAGUCGAGAAGGAGUUUGUUGCCGCUAAGGAUCUGCCCUAUGGAGGGUUGGGGCUGGAUAUACUCGAUAGGGAUAGGGUCGCUGAGGAGGGGAUCAUGUUGGAUGAGUUUAAGGAUUAGGGAAAGAUGUAACUAUAGAUACAUAUAUAGGGCGGGCUUAAUGGGCGGUGAUUUAGAUACCUGUUUGUGGAUUUUGGGUGAUGGGGAUGUUUAACUGGAUGUUUAACUGAUAGAGUGG